AUGGCUGCAAUACUAAUCUACAAAUACUUCUUCAAGAAAGACAAGGAUGCCGUAGCCCCCACGGGCUCCACCCCAUCGACUUCCGACAACCAGGCUCAGACAUCCAAUCGCCGAUGGAUGAUACUCCUCAGUAUUUCUCUUCUGAUCCCUGUUCUCUUCGAAACCCUGGACUACACAGUUGUCGCCACCGCUCAGACUCACAUAGCCUCCUCCUUUAAUCAGCUCAAUCUGCAGAGCUGGAUUGGGACGGCAUAUCUACUAACGUCCACGGUGUUCCUGCCUCUCUUUGCAUCUGUUGCGGACAUUUGGGGCCGGCACUCGGCUCUUCAGCUGUCGCUGUUUUUCUUUAUGAUUGGGAGUGCGAUUAGCACCGGCAGCAACAACAUGGUCACCAUGCUCGUCGGUCGUGGUGUCGCCGGAGUUGGCGCUGCAGGCUUGCAAGCGGUGGUCAGAAUUAUCAUGGCUGAUUCCCGUUCCUUGGACGCCAACAACUGGCAGCAGUCGAUGCUGUUCCUAUUAUUCGCAAUUGGAUACUGUAUUGGUCCCUUCAUCGGGGGAGAACUAUUGACCAUCUCGUACCGGUGGAUUUUCGCCAUCAACCUACCCGCGUGCGUAGUCGGGAUGGUAUUUGCUUUCUUCAUUCUCCGCAGACGCGCGAAGGGGCCGCAGAGACGGAGCGGGCUCCCCGCCUCGAUGGACGAGACGUUCGUCCAGCAGCUCCUCCGCGUCGACUGGAUUGGCGCGUUCCUGUUCAUGGCAGGCGGUAUCCUCAUCAUGUUGGCAUUGAACUGGGGCUCUACCUACGGCUGGGACUCCGCGCGCGUGGUUGUGUGCUUCGUUAUCGGCGGCCUCAUCUACGUCGCAUUCGUGCUGGUCGAGUGGUUCCUUGAACGGCGAGCGAUGUCAGCAGCCUCCUCGCAGACGACCACUCUGCUUCCUGAGCCGAUGCUCCCGCUAGUGGUUUUCCGCUCACUUGAUAUCUGCCUCAUACAAGCGUCUACGUUUGUUUCGGGCAUGGUUAUGAUUGUCAUCUUUUACUUCGUCGCUACGUUUAUGACCAUUGUCGCUGGUCGCUCUGCCUCGAGCGCGGGCUCGCAGCUGGUCUAUUUCGCGCCCGGCAUGGGUGCUGGCUCCAUUACGCAGAUCUACUGGAUAAAGCGCUUCAGGCAGCCCAAGGCUCCGAUUGUUCUUGGGGGAGUGGUCAUGACCGUGGCGUUGGGUCUGCUUUCGAUGGCCCUCGAGCAAAAUAAAGAGGGCCUGGUUGAUGGGUUCAUGGCAAUGACGGGCGUCGGGGUCGGGCUGUCGAUCGGCGCCCUGGCUGUGCACGCACGUUUCUCGCAGCCUGCAGACAAAGUCGCCAUCGUCUCCGCUCUAUCUCUCUUCUUCCGUGCGCUUGGCGGCACGAUUGGGCUAGCCCAGUGCGGUGCGGUCCUCAACGCAAAAGUAAAAUUGUACCUCGAGGACCUUAUUACGUCCGGCACGAUAUCAGGCGCAGCCGCAGGGCAGCUGUCUCAGGCUUCGGCGUCACUUAGCUCCAUCCAGAGCAUCAACGCACUGCCAUCCGAGCUGCAGUCGUACGUGAAGGACGCCUUCCGGGACGGAACGCGCUGGGCCUUCAUCUCGCUCGUCCCAUGGGCCGCGCUCGCCGCCAUUGGGACGCUGUUCCUCAGCAAAAUUCGAGAUACAGAUCGCGAGCCGGAGGUGCAGGAGGAGAUAUACAUGGAAGUGAAGCAGGACUCUGCCGAAACCCGUGUUCUGCAUUCUCAGCGAGCGUUUGUUUUAGGAAACCCUGCAGAAGAAGAAGUCACAGGAAGAGGAGGCCUGAUGCUGGAGGAGUCCGGGUGGGAGUAUCGCCCGCCUGUGCCGACUUGA